GCGUAGCACGCACAGGGGUAGUAAAGAGUAUCUUAUCUUAUGAUACGAGAAGAGGGUCAGAACACGAGGGGGAAAAUGUUUGGAAUUGGGAAAGUGUGUGUGUGUGUGUGUGUGUGUGUGUGUGUGUGUGUGUGCACGCGCUUGUGUGUUGUGCGUUUGUGCGCCUGUGUUGUGUUUGUGUGCUUGUUCUUUCUGUUUGCGUGGUUGUGUGCAUGGCCUGUGUGUGUCGUUGUGUGCGUGUGCAUUGUGUGUGGUUGUGCGCGCGCGUGUGUGGUUCUGUGCCUGUGUGUGUGUGUGUGUGUGUGGUUAUGUGAGUGCGUGCAUGUGUGUGUGUGGUUAUGUGAGUGCGUGCAUGUGUGUGUGUGGGGUAGUGGGCGUGUUUGUCUGUGUGUGUGGGGGGGAAAGUGCAUGUGUAUGUGUGUGGUCUGUGUGUGUGUGUGGGGGGGAAAGUGCAUGUGUAUGUGUGUGGGGGGUGGGGGGGGGGGGGGGGGGGGGGGGGGGGGGGGGGGGAAGAAAGGCGUCAGGCGUAUCAAACUAGAGCACACUGCAUAGUUUUGGUAGUUCGUGGGCAGCAUCGUGAAUGAUCAUCACCAUGUCUUCGCCCCAUGUCAUGAGGUGGUGGUUGAGGGUAAUCAUCAUUGACCGUAUGUCUUCGCCACAUGUCAUGAGGUUGUGGUUGAGGGUAGUGGAGGCGAUUUUAUUUGUGGAGGGAAGAGUGUGUGUGUGUCUGUCUGUGUGUGUGUGUUCCGUGUGUAUGUGCGGGCUGUGUGUGUGUGUGUGUGUGUGUGAGAGAGAGAGAGAGAGAGAGAGAGAGAGAGAGAGAGAGGUGGAAAUGCGUGUACAUAUAGAUGUAUGCUAGCUGUAUUUGUUUUUUCUCCUGUUUUGGGAUGGAGAACAACGGUCCAUUCUGUACUUCUACGACAUUAAGAAAUCCUUGAAGGUCGUCCGAUUCUGUACAAUGAGGUGUUUUGACCUGAUGAGACUUGAAAGGAAGUCGAACCAUUCAUCUUUUGCUAACAAGCGACUACGGCGGAAUAAGUAAAGUCAUGCAGAUUCACGGGCACGUUGAGUGUUGUAAUCUGUCACAGGCGGGAGACAAGGACAGGCAGGCGGCGCAGGACGUGUAUAGGGAGCUGGCCGACGACGAAGGAUGCAAGGAGAAAAGGGGUGGAGCCGAAGUGGGGGGUGUAAGCUGGUGUGCAGCUGUGACCUUUACCCUCAAAGGCUUCUCUUUGAGUGUAGGCUGGUCUGAUGAGAACCUAUUUAUGAGGACAGAGGGACAUGAAGGUAGUCGGAGUAACUUGUAGAUCAUACAUUAUUCAAUGGCGAGGUGGACUUUGGAGGCAUGGGCGAGCGCAGUAUGUGUUUUUUUUUGAGAGAGCGCGAGAGUGAGAGUGAGAGAGCGCGAGAGUGAGAGAGAGAGAGAGAGAGAGAGAGAGAGAGAGAGAGAGAGAGAGAGAGAGAGAGAGAAAUCGUCCAGACUCUGGAGGUGCAUCUGGUGAGGGUGAAGGAUGUGAGGACGAACUUUUGGUGUACAGAAAGGAAGGAUGGCUCCCUGCGUGGCCCCCAUCCUGCAGUCAAAAUGUCUGUCUUUCACCUGUUCUUUUUUGACGAGAAUGAGCUUUGAUUCUUUGUGGUAUUUAGUCGUGGGAAUUAACGGAUUUGUUGCCCUUCUUUUCUUUUGUCAUGUGCCCAUCCCAGCAUGUUUGUGUGCUGGUUUAGUAGAAAGUUUUGUUCCUGUUUUGCCUAUUCCUAAUGCGAAUGGCGUGACAGAAGUAUGUAGAGAGUAUCUUCAUCAUCUCAUGUAACGGAUCCGACGGAAGUUCUGAAGCUGCGAUCUGGGAUGCAGACGAAUAGUCAGGAAGUUUUUUUUCGUGCACUCUUGAGCUGCGGGUGGACAUGCGUGAAGGUAGGUAGGUAGGUAGCUAGCUAGAUGGAUGGUUUCGUCAUUAUGGCUAGAUGGACGAGUAGAUGAAGGAUAGAUGGAUGAACAAGAGAGAGAGAGAGAGAGAGAGAGAGAGAGAGAGAGAGAGAGAGAGGAAACACCGCUUAAAAUGAGGCAGCAGUAUGUACGAUAAUAUUUCUUUGGCGUGUAAAAAAGAGCUGGAAGGAGAUGGAAUGCACACGCUGUUUGUAGUUUUUUUUUUAACCAUUAAUUGCUGCUCAUUAGAGACCAUCAGGAGAAGUUUAUCUGAGAGCGAGCUAGUAUUUGGAACGUGCUGGCACUGCAUCAAUCGAGAGUCGAGUUUGUUCGAGGAUGGUUUCAUCUGAAAAGUGAUGCUCCUCUACUUGACUGGAAGAAAACUUUUCGAAGUAUAUGGAAGAAAGAAAACUCCGCCAUCUAUGUGUGUGAUAUAUGCUGCUGUGAGUCCUGUCCAUCAUGAUAGCAGUUUGCUCCAUCCUGCUGUUUGACAAUGAGGCGCGUUCUAUUUUUGGGCCGUUUUUCGCUGCCGUCCAAUUUCUUCCAUCCAUGUGUGUGCCUUCUGGAUUCUGUUUUGCAUGACCAUCAGGGUAGCAGUUUGCUCACUCCAUGUCCCCCUUGCAAAUAAUAAUUGCCCUUUUCUAAUUGCCCUUUUCUC